AUGCACUCUCCAGAUUACGCGAGCUUAAGAAAGUUGCUGAAUUUGGGCUUUAUCUUUGUUUUCCUUGUCUCUUUCUCCUGGCCCUCGUGUUUACGCUCUCAGCCUCUAUCUUACAGAGCUACGUUUUGCUACGUGUUUGUGCCGUGCAUGGAUAAGGAGACCUCGGUGGGAGACUGCAGAUACAGUUUCUGCCUGGCACAACAGGAAGGCCUGCUGCCUCCGGCUCCCAGGGAUCCUGUGGAGAGCUGCACGCUCAGAGUCUGGAGGGACUCUACGGGGAAUUUGUUUGCAAGACUUGUGGCUAGUUGUUUUUUAAGCAAGAGAUAUGUGGGGAACCUGUCAAGAGAUGUGACUGAAGCUCUAAUCCUCCAGCUGUUCAGCCAGAUUGGACCAUGCAAAAACUGCAAAAUGAUAAUGGAUACAGCUGGAAAUGAUCCAUAUUGUUUUGUGGAGUUCUAUGAGCAUCGUCAUGCAGCUGCAGCGCUAGCUGCUAUGAAUGGGCGGAAGAUAAUGGGUAAGGAGGUCAAAGUGAACUGGGCAACAACUCCCAGCAGCCAGAAGAAAGAUACCAGCAGUAGUACCGUUGUCAACACACUGCGUUCACAAGACCAUUUCCAUGUCUUUGUUGGAGACCUCAGUCCAGAAAUUACAACUGAAGAUAUAAAAGCAGCUUUUGCGCCAUUUGGAAGAAUAUCAGAUGCACGAGUGGUUAAGGAUAUGGCAACGGGAAAAUCUAAGGGAUACGGCUUUGUUUCCUUCUUCAAUAAAUGGGAUGCAGAGAACGCUAUUCAGCAGAUGGGUGGUCAGUGGCUCGGUGGAAGGCAGAUCAGAACUAACUGGGCGACAAGAAAACCUCCAGCUCCAAAGAGUACCUAUGAAUCAAAUACCAAACAACUAUCUUACGAUGAAGUGGUCAAUCAGUCCAGUCCAAGCAACUGCACUGUAUACUGUGGAGGUGUUACUUCGGGGCUGACAGAACAGCUAAUGCGCCAGACCUUUUCUCCAUUCGGGCAGAUAAUGGAAAUUCGAGUCUUCCCAGAUAAAGGAUACUCCUUUGUACGGUUUAAUUCCCACGAGAGUGCUGCACAUGCAAUUGUUUCUGUCAAUGGGACAACUAUAGAAGGCCACGUAGUGAAGUGCUACUGGGGCAAGGAAACACCAGACAUGAUCAGUCCAGUCCAGCAGAAUCAAAUUGGAUAUCCACAAGCUUACGGGCAGUGGGGUCAGUGGUAUGGAAACGCGCAGAUUGGGCAGUACAUGCCGAACGGCUGGCAAGUCCCUGCAUAUGGGAUGUAUGGGCAAGCGUGGAAUCAGCAAGGAUUUAAUCAGACGCAGUCUUCAGCAGCGUGGAUGGGAGCGAACUAUGGAGUUCAACCACCUCAAGGGCAGAACGGAAGCGUGAUAACUAAUCAAACUGGAUAUCGCAUGGCAGGUUUCGAAACGCAGUGAGAAAAAGACUCUGUAACCAAACACUGGUGGGCUUGAGGCUACAAGGAGUGUUGUAAAGCCUUUGUUUACCGAACAGAUUUACCAGAUCAAGUCAGUGCAAGUGUCAGAUACAAUGUAUUUAUUUAAGCAAAAAAGAAAAAAAAGCAUUUUUUUAAAUCAUGAAACUGUCAUCCACAUUGUUCGAAACAAAAAAAGUCACACAAAAAACUAGAUGCUGGAUGUCUGCCAACUUUUGCCUUCUUUUCCUCCUUUUUGAUAUGUGUUUCUCAAGAUCCACGUUUGAAACACAGCAAAUGCAGGGACUACUGCCACUUAAGAUUGGGGCAGAAAAUUGCACAAUGUCAAACUUUUUUUCCUCUGAAGUAGCGUGCAGUUUUAGUUUGCAUUCCUAAUGAUUUAAAAUGUAUUAUAAGCAGUUGUACAAAAAAAGCCAAAACCGUGUGAAUUCUGAAGAUGCUUUGUCUUCAGCCUUUGCACAAGUCUGUUUUAAAAUAGCCUAUUGUAUAAAGCGUCCACCUCUCCACUUUUGUUAUACCGGGUUUUCAGCUAUAAAUUAUUAGUUUACAUCAUUUUGUAUCGAAACAUUUUUUCAGAGUUGUCUUUGCCUUAUGACAGUUACCUAAAUUAUCAUGAAACGGGGAAGUGUGAUCUUCAGUGCUAAAUUGUCCGCAAAAUGCUCAGAUGGAUCUAACUUUAUUCACAUUGUGUUCUAUGUGAGAAGGUGCCUAGAGAAAUCCCUGUUGGACUUGUUCUAAAGGAUUUUUAUCUUUGGUGAAAAACUUUGUGAUGUGUACUGGGAAAUGUAAAAAAAAAAAAAAAA